AAUUUAGAUAAAACAAACACUGAUUGUUACUUCUGGAAUUAGAAAGCUAGUUUAAACAAUUCUGAAAGCUGUUUUAAUGAUCAUGUGCACAACUGAUUGUUAAGUUGACCCCACAUUUAAAUUAUGCCACCUCCACCGCCUCCACCACCACCUGGUGCACCCCCACCUCCAAAAGCUAGCAGUGGAGGCGUGAAGAAAUCAGGUGGGGGUGGGGGAAGUGCCGGCCGAGGUGCUCUGCUUAGCUCGAUUCAUUCAGGAGCAAAGCUUAAGAAGACAGUUACGAACGAUAGAAGUUCGCCACUUGUGGGAAAAGUCAGUAAUGGUCCUUCAGGAGGUGGAGGUUCUGGAGGAUCGACAGGUGGUGGUUGUGGUGGUGGAGGAGGAGGAGGAGGUGGUUUAGGUGGUUUGUUUGCAGGAGGUAUGCCAAAACUGAAAUCAGCUGCGGAUAGAGGAAAACCAGGUGGAGGCUCUGGCGCACCCAUGAUACCAGGAAGAGGACGACCCACCGCAAAUAAUUCGUCCGCAGUUAGAGGUCCUACUCCAUCAAACUCCAAACCAAAUAAUAUUAAAGGUCCUCCAUCUCGAAAUGAUCCGCUGCCAGAAGCACCCAAACCAGUAUCAGGAAACCGACCUCCAGGAAGGGGAGGGUUACCUGCGCCACCAAACAGGUCACCACAGCCUCCACCGUCUCGUCAAGAAGCACACAAUCGAACUUCUCAACCGCCGCCACUGCCACCUUCAUCAAAUCGGACUUCUCAGCCGACAUCAUCGCCAUCAAAUCGAAGUCAGCCACCACCAGCACCACUGCCGCCAAACAAGUAUAAUCAAGGACCCCCUCCCCCACCUGAUCGUCAACCUCCAUCAAGUACUCGCAACAGUGGACCUCUACCACCCCCACCACCUAAUAUAAACUUAGUGUCAGGACGGGAUCCACCUCCGCGUCCACCACCAAAUAGGGUAGUACCAGGACUACCACCUCCACCUGGUGCUACACCAGUAGUACCUCCUCCACCUCGUAGGAUUUGUCCACCUCGUAGGAUUUGUGCACCCCAGCCAACCCAGCCACAUAGGCCUAGCUUUGUACCGCCGCCACCUGCCAGAGGUCAGGAACAAUCUGUAGGAUCAAUUAGAAAGUCUUCUAGUCAAAAUUUUGAUGUGAGUAUCCAGAGAGGCAAUGCACCGCCGCCAUUACCUGCACAUAGGAACUCAAUUAGUAGGAGUAGCGACUUGCCCCCUCCACCUCCACCACCCUCGAGAGAUGUAAGUAAUCUUCCAAGUAAUCUUCCACCACCUCCUCCAAGAACAGGACCACAAAGAAGUUCGAUGUCGUUUCCUCCUCCUCCACCAGAAAUGACAGGCAACUCAGAUGACUUUGAAUCUCGUUUUAAAUUUUCAAAUGAUUUACCGCAGCCAGAUCCUUUCCGAAAUGAAGCUAAAACGUAUCCAAGCAAAAACCCGAGAAAUACACAAAGAGGUCCAUCCGGAGGACCAGGAAGAACUGCUCCUCCGCCUCCUCCUCCUGCUCCAGUUCGUGGAGCUCCACCGCCGCCCUCAUUUGGAGCACCACCGCCUCCGUCAAUGUCAGGAGGCCCACCACCACCGCCUCCUCCUAUGAGGAGAUAGGAAAUAUUACGUUAGUAGUAGGUUUUUUAAAAUUGUUUCAAUAUGAACUGCUGUUGGUGGAGAGUGAGCCAUCUGCACUCAAUCUAGUGCAGAAAAAAGGUUUCACUAAUCGAAGUAGAAUUGUGAAGAUAUAAUUCCAUUCGUUCAUUUGAUGAGGGAUAAGGUGUUCAGAAAGCUAUGCGAUGUGAUUUUAUAUCAACCAAUAGUAAUAUUUGUAUUCAAAGAGUCGAGAGUUUUCGUAAUUUAUAAAAAAAUCAAUCAAUUUUAUCGAAGCAUAUUAGUAAUAAAAUUGUGUCAUUACCCAUGUGGUAUUAGUCAGUACCAUGGUUAGUCCUCAAACUGUUAGACUGUUUGAGCUUUUGUUAAAUCUUCGCUUUUAACAAUUCCCAUCAUUUAUUUCGUUAAAAAUGAUGUUUAACUCACAUUACUUUAAAUGGAAGUACCAACAUGGCAGGCACAUUAUAAUCCAGACACAAUUUCUGCAUUUUGUUUUGACGCAUAGAAUAUUUUUGUUUCUUCUCUUAUUCAAAAUUUAAAAAUUAAGUGUAUUUUAUAAAGUAACUUUUCGCGUUUCCGUUUUUUUGUUAAUUUGUUAUUUCUCCUGUUAACAAGGUUUACAAAGUUUUUAUGGACAAUUUCGCUAUUAUUUCUUCAAAAGUUCUACUUUUCAGAUCUUAAAACGUAGUAUAAUCGGUAUUAGAAGUAAUAUCAGCACCAUCCACUCACAGUUUUGUGAACUAUGCUAUGGAAAUUUGAAGUUAAAGACUCAAAUCAUUAAAGGCUAAAACAAUUCCAUCACCGUUACCAUUUCUGUUUCCUAUCAGGCCGUUGUUAUCUAGUUAGAGCGCGUUGGUUAAUAUAGAACGUGUUUUUAACCAACUUGUUUCGCAACCUCGUACCCAACCUUUGGUUUUUUUAUGGUAGGUGGAAAUUUUUAAUUUCAAAAAAAAAGUUUAAAAAGAAAGACUUUUUUUGCUAUUUUAGAAUUUAAAUUUUUCAAUCAAACUCAAUUUAAAGAGAUGUGUUUGAUCAUAAAGUGAAUCGGUUGAUUAAGAUUGCUAACAAAAAUUCUGCAUGUAAAACAGAGGCGCUGGGAACGAAGUUGCUGCGCACAUGUUUGUUGGUUAAUUUAUUUGUUUUUGGUACUAUACAAAAGUUUAUGUCAUACCACGAAAUUCUGACUGGCAAGAAUUUUUUUAUAUGGUGUAAAUUAUAGAUUGAUCUUGUACAUUAUGUGUUAUUUUUUAUGCAGCAUCAGCAAUAUUUUCUUUCAGAAUAGUUUCAAUAUCUCUUCUGUAAAUAUAAAAUGGUACUUGUAGCCAUGGGAAUGACGAAAUUCAGUCUCGUUUUUGCACGUGCAAA